AUGGUAUGUCGCCAGGUCCACAUCAACAAUCUACCUGCUAGCACUAAAUGUAGUAAUCUAAACUAUGUUGCUAAGCAAGAAUCAUUACAAGAACUUGUAAACUGUGUCAAUGCUUUUAUGUCAUACCAUUACAUGUCAAUCAACACUAGAAGAUCUAAAACUAAAGGUCUCGAAAGUUAUUAA